AUGUCUGACAAGUCCCACAAAGGCAAGCAGCCUUCUAGAGAGGAGGCUCAGGACAAGUCGGAUAAGCAUCUCGUCAAUUCUGGUGGUCUUGAGAUCAAGGCUUCAUCCAAGGAACAGCCCGUCGAAGCUGGUAGCUCUUCUAAGAAUGCUUCCGUCCCUCCCGUGGGUCAGCCUCUUCCUAAUGUCGAACGCGCUAAGAAUGCUUCUAUGGUCACCGUGAGCCCGCGCCUUCCUGCUACCCACGUCACCGUCAUCAUCCGUUUCCCCCAAGGCGACCUCUGCUUGCCCUUGUUUGUUGUUGGCCGCUAUCCCAUGUUCGCAGAAAUGUUUCAGGGCGGUAUUCUCCAGUGGCCUGGUGUUUCUCAGCGUCAGGCUCAAAUCAUCACUCACUACCUACGUGAUCCUAAGCCUAAAUACAAGAUGGUUCCUUACGACACUUCGGCCGAGCAUGAGGAUAGACUGGACCGAGAGUUCGUCGAUGCUCUUGUCAUCAAUGCUCAGGCAACUUCUUUCAACCUUCAUGAACUAGCCGGUCUGGCUCUGGAUCACAUGGAGUUGUAUGGGGUCAUGAUUCCCCUUACCAGGGUCACAGUCAACUUCAUGGCUCAGGGUGAAUGGUACCAGCGAAACCGGGCCUAUGUUCAAAGCUACUUGACUCGCCGUUCCACUUCCGCCCACCCAAUGGCUAUUCACCAUGACCGCAUGGGGUUCGGACUCCAGACUGGCGAUGCCAUUAUUGACGGCCUUCUUGGUGCAAUCAACAACCUCCGCUUCGCUGUACCCUACCCUUAUCGCUACUACUAA